AUGGCAGCACCGGUGCUCGUGCGGUACGACAGUCAGGGCGAGAUCGUGGACGUCGAGGAGUUCGAGGUGGCGAGGGCCAUCCUCGCGGGCCACACCCAACGGCUCAGCCAGCAAGUCCAGUCGAAGCACCUCUUCGAGAUUUGCAUCGCCUUCGGCCAUCAGAGCACGGCGGCCGCCCUGCUCACGCACGGGGUCCCCGGCUGCAGGGUAGAGCUUUGUCACUUGGGGCCGUUCGCUGGCAAAGCAAGGCUCAAAAGGGAUGAUCUCGGCUGCAAGUGCGGGAGUCCCUGGCGGACUUGCGACUUCUGCUGCUGGGGCUCCGAGCUGGCAGAUGGCGUGUGGAUUGAGGAUUGGGAUGCCGAACUUGCGAAUGCUGUUGCAGCGGCCCAGGAGGCGGCAGGGCGACCAGUGGCCCGCGCGAUGCUCGCGGCUUUGCGCUCGGGCAAGGACUUCCGCAGCUUCGACGUCUCGGAGGCGGCCAUGGCGCGGCUGCUGGACUUGGCCAUCCUCACCGGGGACGCGGACCUGGCCCAGCGCUGCGCCCAGCGCUGCACGCGCAGGCCUCUGCGGCGCUGGUGCUCUCAGGACUUCUUUGACAAUUUAAGGCCAUUUUUGCUACGUGCCUCAGCGCCAGAUGUCACGGCGGCCGCCAUCCUCUCCGGUGUGACCUUGCAAGAGCUCAGCGUCGAGUACCGUGGCCGUGAGCAUGUUAACCACUACGUUGGGGACGUCUCUGUUGAAUGUCCCAUUCCUUUGCGCGAAGCCAUUGCGCUCUGUGGCGACCUGCAGCUCUGGCAGCGCCUGAGCCCGCUGCUGCCAGAGCGCCAACGACCCUGGAUCCCAAGGACGUGUGAUGCAGGGUGGCUAUUCUGCCUUCCCCUUUCGGAUGGAAAGCACAAGCUGUGCCUGGACCGGCUCAGAACAGCCUCCCUGGCAAAUCUGGCGCUCUCCGAGUUUGUCUUUGGCCAGAGCUCAUUCCAUACUUUCUGUGCUGCAUGCCAAUGUGGUGUAGGAUCGCAUCUAUCUGCUCGGCCUCGCCUUCUGGACGUGGCUAUUUUCCUUGGCCAAUCGGCUUGCGCAGAGCUGCUGGCAUCCUGCGCGGCCGCCUCUGCCACAGCGUGGACGCGCCAGGCUUGCUUGCCGGACGAGCAGUGUGAUGACUGCGGAGAAGCUGCUGUUUGGGAAGUGUUUUGCGCCCGCACCUCGUCUCUGACUGAGCGCCGCGUUGCAGGCGGGGCCGCUCUGCGAGCAGCCCUCGCUCGCGCCCCGCGCCUGGCUGCUCCGAUGGGGCUGGGCGUGUACCAGGUUUUGCUCGCCUGGGGCCGCGGCAAAGAGGUGCCAAGCGACUUGGUGAACAUCGUCCUCUCUUUUGCUGCUGAGAGGCCUCAGAUUGCUUGCGUGUUGGAGGGGCUUGAGGAGGAGCUCUUGCCGUCGGCAAGCCUUGUUCGAGAGCAGGAGCGCGUGGAGCCCUCAGAAGCACCGGAGCCUGCUGAAGCGCUGGCAGCACCCGAUGUCGAUAUGGAGGGCGACUUGCUGAGCGGGGAUGAGUCGGUGGUUGUGCAAGAGCAAGAGCAUCCCUCAGAAGCCGUGAUACCACAGGCUGCAGAAUCACGUGCAGCCCCUGAUGUCGAGACGGAAGGUGAGGAAGGGAAGUCCACCAACGACUUGCUGACGGCCGUUCGCAACAGCAGAAACGAAACGGUGCCUUUGAGCUCCGAUGGCGUUGUCUGCUUCCGGCUCACGCGGAAGGCCAAUGCUCCGCACGUCAACGAGCUGCUCUUCAACAUUGAGGGUCCCUUAGCCGAGCUGCACCGGCGUGUGUUGGAUGCGGGCUGCGAGGUGGCCCCGGAGUGGUCGCCCGUGAAGGCCCUCUUCGUGCCACUGACGCAGGCGCAGCUCCUGGAGUUCACUGGAGAUGGUGUGGAGCUGGGCAAGGAGCACAUCUUGGCCUUGCAGUCGGACGGCCCCCUGCUGGAGCAGGCCAUCCGCAGCCUCAGGAAGAAGAACCGCCCUCGCCUUCGCCCUUCAGUCCAUGGGGAUGACGAUGAUCAGGAGGACGAGGAUGAGGCCGUGAUCGAGGUGGAGAUGUCGGGGCUCCGCACCGACUCCAACGUGGGCUUCCCCAUCUACCAGGCGUGA